AUGACCAUGUUUGAAAAUGUCACCCGGGCCCUGACCAGACAGCUGAACCCUCGAGGGGACCUGACGCCCCUGGACAGCCUCAUAGACUUCAAGCGCUUCCACCCCUUCUGCCUGGUGCUGAGGAAAAGGAAGAGCACGCUCUUCUGGGGUGCCCGGUACCUGCGCACCGACUACACCUUCCUGGAUGUACUGGAACCUGGCAACUCACCCUCAAACCCAACAGACUCUGGGAACUUUGCCUUUAAGAAUAUGCUGGAUGCCAAAGUGGAGGGACAGGUGGAUGUGCCAAGGACAGUCAAGGUGACGGGGGCUGCAGGACUGUCUCGGAACAGCACCUUGGAGGUCCAGACGCUCAGUGUGGCUCCCAAGGCCCUGGAGACCUUGCACCAGGAGAGGAAGCUGUCAGCAGAGCACCCGUUCCUGAAAGAGAUGCGAGAUCGAGGAGAGAACCUGUAUGUGGUGAUGGAGGUGGUGGAGACGGUGCAGGAGGUCACUCUAGAGAGAGCCGGCAAGGCAGAAGGUGUCUUCUCCCUCCCUUUCUUCGCCCCAUUGGGGUUACAGGGAUCCAUCAACCACAAGGAGGCGGUAACCAUCCCCAAGGGCUGCAUCCUGGCCUUUCGAGUGAGGCAGCUGAUAGUCAAAGGGGAAAAUGAAUGGGAGAUUCCACAUAUCUACAACGAUAACAUGCAAACCUUCCUUCCUGCAGUCAUCCAGGCAUCUGAUGUCGGGGAGAUGCAUGAGGACUUCAAGACGCUCAAAGCAGAGAUUCAACGAGAGACCCAAGAAGUGGAGAAGCUGAGUCCCGUGGGACAAAGCUCCUUGCUCACGGCCCUCUGCAAACUUCUAGGAAAGAAAAAGGAGCUACAAGACCUGGAGCUUACGCUUGAAGGGGCUCUCGACAAAGGACAUGAAGUGACGCUGGAGGCACUCCCAAAAGAUGUCCUCAUAUCCAAGGAGGUUAUGGACGCCAUCCUCUACUUCAUUGGAGCACUAACAGAGUUAAGUGAAGCCCAACAGAAGCUGCUGGUGAAAUCCAUGGAGAAAAAGAUCCUGCCUGUGGAACUGAAACUUGUGGAGAGCACACUGGAACAGAAUUUUCUGCAUGACAAAGAGGAUGUUUUCCCCCUGCAAUCUAACCUGCUCGCCUCGCUUGGGGAAGAGGAACUGAUCCUCACGGAGGCCCUCGUGGGGCUGAGCGGCCUGGAAGUGCAGAGAUCGGGCCCCCAAUACACAUGGGACCCAGACACCCUCCCCCACCUCUGUGCCCUUUACGCUGGCCUCUCCUUCCUGCAGCUGCUGACCAAGGCCUCCUAA